AUGUUGCAGUUGGCACGAUAUUCGAGACGAGAUACAUUUUGUGGACACAAUGCACUACUCAUAAGUUAUACCAAGCGGGAAAUAAGCCGUCAUCAAACCAGUGGAGGGCAAAGAAUGAACACUACUAGUGAAGGGAAGAAGGGUUUUGCUGUGAUGUUGAUUAGAGAAACACCAACUGAACCGUUGCAGACUAUUGGAAAGGGGAGCAAAAGUCUCUUAUGCAUCCUGUUUACAAAAGUGAACAUCCAUCUUCUCCUUGAAAGCGUCUUCCUGAACUUUCUUGGAUAUUCGUUGACCGCUGCUCAAAUGCAAGCAAAUACUACAAAUACGUUGUUAGGGAGCGUGGUGGUGCGUAGCAGUUGGUUGGUGUGUGUCAAAUUGCUCAGCUCAGCAAACGAGCCAAUAAUCAUUUGCGAAUCAAUUUGGUUUAAACGAGGGACUCAACUGAAUGAUGACAUUCUUCAACUGAAUGUGCUGCACACAGGCCGCCUCAUGUUUCAGUUGGUACGAUAUUUGAGAUAUCGUGGUAUAUUUUCAUAA